CCCCGCCCCUCCUGGCCGGAUCGGCGUGCGCCUGCGCACGGGAGGCCGGAGGAGUCUUACCCUAAUGUAAGAUGGUGGCCUGUCUGGCUGUGGAACCCACCGAAAGCUGAGAGUCUGUCUCUCAGCCGUAAAGGUCGGACUCGCUGAAGCAAUCAGACCCGGUUCUGAAGAGUUUUUUCCCCGACGCUCGUUCAGUGGUUUCUUGUGAGGACGCGGCAGCGCGUGGAGUCAGCUGAGGGAAAAGCGAGGCAAGGCAGGCGGGUUGUCAAAGUCCUACAUUUAAGCUUUCAGUGCUGAACUUCCUUCUCCCUUAAAUUAUUAUAAACUUUUGCUGCUGUUUAAUAAACGUGAAGAUGUCUCGCAGUCCUGAUGUGAAGGAAGACCCUGUGGAGUGCCCUCUUUGCAUGGAGCCGUUGGAGAUAGAUGAUAUCAACUUUUUCCCUUGCACCUGUGGCUACCAGAUUUGCCGAUUUUGUUGGCAUCGAAUUCGCACUGAUGAAAAUGGGCUUUGUCCUGCAUGUAGAAAGCCAUAUCCAGAAGACCCAGCAGUUUAUAAACCACUCUCCCAGGAAGAACUGCAAAGGAUAAAGAAUGAGAAGAAACAGAAACAAAAUGAGAGAAAACAGAAAAUAUCAGAAAAUCGCAAACAUUUGGCUAGUGUACGUGUCGUACAAAAAAACCUCGUCUUUGUUGUAGGUUUAUCUCAGCGCCUAGCAGACCCAGAGGUUUUAAAACGACCAGAAUAUUUUGGGAAGUUUGGUAAAAUACAUAAAGUUGUCAUCAAUAAUAGCACAUCAUAUGCAGGCUCACAGGGUCCAAGCGCCAGUGCUUAUGUAACCUAUAUCCGGUCAGAAGAUGCUCUCAGAGCCAUACAGUGUGUCAACAAUGUGGUAGUAGAUGGCAGAACACUUAAGGCCUCUCUAGGUACAACAAAAUACUGCAGUUACUUCUUAAAGAAUAUGCAGUGUCCAAAACCUGACUGCAUGUAUCUUCAUGAAUUGGGAGAUGAGGCGGCCAGCUUCACAAAAGAGGAAAUGCAGGCGGGUAAACACCAAGAAUAUGAACAGAAGCUACUUCAAGAAUUAUAUAAAUUAAAUCCCAAUUUUCUUCAGCUAUCUACGGGUUCAGUUGAUAAAAAUAAGAACAAAGUGACACCACUGCAGAGGUACGAUACCCCCAUUGACAAACCUUCAGAUUCUCUCAGUAUAGGGAACGGUGAUAAUUCCCAGCAGAUAUCUAACAGUGAUACGCCUUCACCACCACCUGGUUUGUCAAAAUCCAAUCCAGUCAUCCCCAUCAGUUCAUCCAAUCACAGUGCACGGUCCCCUUUUGAAGGGGCAGUAACAGAGUCACAGUCGUUAUUCUCAGACAAUUUUCGCCAUCCCAACCCUAUCCCAAGUGGGCUUCCUCCUUUCCCCAGCUCCCCACAGACAUCCAGUGACUGGCCUACAGCACCAGAACCACAGAGCCUCUUCACAUCAGAAACAAUCCCAGUAUCAUCCUCUACAGACUGGCAAGCAGCUUUUGGCUUUGGUUCUUCUAAACAACCAGAGGAUGACUUGGGUUUUGAUCCCUUCGAUGUCACUCGAAAAGCCUUAGCAGACCUGAUUGAGAAGGAACUGUCCGUUCAAGACCAACCUUCCCUUUCGCCCACAUCUCUUCAGAACUCCUCUUCACACACUACAACCGCCAAAGGUCCAGGCUCUGGAUUCCUGCAUCCUGCUGCAGCUACAAAUGCCAAUUCUCUCAAUAGUACCUUUUCAGUCUUGCCCCAGAGGUUCCCUCAAUUUCAGCAGCACCGAGCGGUUUAUAAUUCAUUCAGUUUUCCAGGCCAGGCAGCCCGCUAUCCUUGGAUGGCCUUUCCACGCAAUAGCAUCAUGCACUUGAACCACACAGCAAACCCCACCUCAAAUAGUAAUUUCUUGGACUUGAAUCUCCCGCCACAGCACAACACAGGUCUGGGAGGGAUCCCUGUAGCAGGGGAAGAAGAGGUGAAGGUUUCGACCAUGCCACUGUCAACCUCUUCCCAUUCAUUACAACAAGGACAGCAGCCUACAAGUCUCCACACUACUGUGGCCUGACAACAGAACUGAGAGGAGAGGAUUAGACUCUGGGGUGCUUGCAUGGGCAACUGGAUUUUUGCAUGAUUCCUUUAUGAUUUUGCUUUUAAUGUAUACACCCAAAAGAGCCAAUAUAAACGUUCCUCAUGCCUACAGCUAGCGUGUUACCUCAUAGUUGUUGAAGUAUUUCUUUAUUAGGCCUUUAACGUAAUUUAUUAGUGUAAUAAUUUUGGCAUUGUUUCUCAUGAGUGAUACUAUUUCUAACUCAUAAACUUGUAGUACUAAGAUCCCAGGUGAGAUUAGCUAGAAUUGUUCUUAUUUUGGCUCUAUUAUUGAAAAAUUAUACAAAGGUAAUGGUAGUACCUUAUUUUCUGGUUGUGAAAAAAUAAUAUCCUAAUCUCCUGAAAAAUUUGCAAAUUAACAAGAUAAUGUCUAUUGCAUUCUUUGAAUACUUGAGAAGAAAGAAUACAUAUAAGACAAAAUUGGUGGUGUCAUUUAAUGCUCAGAAGGAUAUUGUUGGCGAUUGUUUUUAGUUGUCUAGAUUUAUAUCCUAUAAUAUGCAUUACAUGUGUAGAAACUGUUUUGUUCUCUCUUGCACUUUUGCACUUUCUUUUUGAAUGGUUGUUAAUUAUGCAUAGAUGGUUAAAAGAUAAUUACUGUAGCCUAAAUGCAAUAUAAUCUCUUUUCUAAUGCACUGCCUAGUAUGCCAGGAAAUGCCUCAAAAACAGAACUUCAGUUUAUAGUUGACUUUUCUGAAACUUGAAUAUGGAGUAAACAUUGUAUGUGAAAAGCAACCAUAGUAGUGUAACAUUGUUACUGAACAAACAGUAAUUCUGUGGGAUAUUGUUUUGGAAAUUUCAUUGUUUAAUAAUUAAAAUGUGAUAAUAAGAUAAUAUUAUAAGUACCUGACCAGAAAGAGACUAAGGCAGAAGAGAAGAGAUUGGAUGUCCUCUAAAAUUAGGCCACCUAAAUUGUAAGAUAAUUUUAAUCAAGAGAAUAGUGGAGUACUUUAUUAGGACAUAAUGUGAAGUGAUAUUUCUGAAAACACAUUUCUUGAAAUAGUUUUAAAACUGGUAAUAAAAGAAAAGAAACUGUACUUAGUUUGGAGCAGUGGACAAAAGCUGAUUCAGAAAACAUGACCAUAUUCUGCGUAAAUGAAGCAUCUGGGAAGAAAGGGAAAGUCACACCUCCUCUUGAGAUUUUAACCAUUAUGAUAAAAGGUAUGCUUUAAUUUGUUUAAAAAAGUAUGAAACGGGAUAAUGUGAAUACAAAAAAGAAGCCUAGAGAUUGAAAAUGAUAAUAAUAGAACAUGUUAUUAGGAGAUGGUACUUAAUGUCAUGUUGGAGUUGGGAGUUUUCAAGGUUACCUCUAUAUAAAAUUGGAUUACUUUCUGUUAGAUAUAAUGUGACAAAUUAAAUGACUUUAUCCCAAGGUACAGUGAGGUAAACAAAAAUCUAUUCUUAGAUAUCCUUAAAUUUGGUUAACUGAGGCUGUAGAAGCAGCGAAUUGUCUAGCCAUUUAAGUUAUUUUUGUAAAAUUCAGCAUAAAUAUCAAUCUCUAAUUUCUAUCUAGAAGUGAUUUUAAGACAUUACAAGAACAUUGUCAAUUUGGAAAAUACCAAUAAAAUAUUGUAGACUUAUUAAUAUUGUAGACUUAUCAGCCUUUUACUAUAGCUUAAUUUAAUUAUGGUUUUCAUUUUUUACUGUAAGAGGCCAAGACUUCGCUUAUGUCUCCUGUGGGGCUGAGGCUCCUGGGCCUUGUUAUUAUAACAAACUCUGGCUCCUUGUAAUGAUGCUUACUAGCUCAAAGCUUUCUCCAGCCUUCAGUGUUAGCCUUUCAUUGCCCGGAUCUUCUUACAAAGCCGUAGCGAGCGCUUAGUUCCAUUUGCUCCUUGGUGUUGAGAGAUAUACCUGUUAAAUGAGGCUUCUUUCCUUUCUCAUUCAUAGCCAGUGUGGAAAAAUCAUCAGGUAGUUUGCCCAGAUUUGCCAGAGCCCUAAAUAAAAUCGCAAAAGAUCUCCCUGCCUGCUUCUCCUCCCCACCCCCACUUACAUGCACACUGUAAAUCAAGAAAAUGCGUUUUGGGCAAUUAGACUUCUAAAUUUUUGCAUAGAAUGGCUAAACAUGAUCUUUUGAUUCACUUUGUAAUUCCUACACCUUCCUUGUAAGCUUCACCUUUUUGCUUACCUAGUAUUUUAUUUAAACAUGGUUUUUUAAAAAACCUGAAGUCUUAAAAUCUAGUCAUAAUUAAUUUUACACUAAAGGACAGAAGAAAUUAUACAACACAUAAAAGAAGCCACCACUUCACAUAGCAAGCAAAUUGAAACCAAAAUGACAGAAGAAUGAGAAAUUCUUUAAAAGCUUCAGGUUUUUUUUUUGUUGUUGUUGUUGUUAAAUUCCUGCAUGAUGCAUUAUGUGCAAGGGAAACUUAAUAUACUUUUACACCCUUAACCUUUAUAAAGUGACUAGCUUUUCCCUUAACAUAGGAAUUUUUAACCUGGAUCCCAGAUUUUUGAAAGUACAUACAAAAUUGUGGGUUUGUGUGCAUGUACAUAUGUCCAUUUUUUUUCUAAGGAGAAGAUCCAUAGUUACUAGAUUUGUGAAGGAUUUGGUGAUACCCUUCUUCUAUCAAAAAAAAAAAAAGAACAGCUGCCUUGAAAUGUUUUUAGUGCCACUUUAGGGAAUCGAGUCCUGUACUGAAUGAUUUUAGCUGUAUGAAGAAUUAUAAGUGCCUCUAUUUUCUCGAAGAUUCCAUUAGAAAAUAUUUUUUUCUGACUAAUAACGCUUUUCUUUUCAUUCUAUUAUUGAGUUUUGGUUUUCCACAUGUCACUUUUGUGUACUCUCCCCUUAUUUCAACAAAGCAUUAAUUAAAUAUUUGAGUACCUAUUCUGUAUAGUGACUUGAACUAGAUCUUGAGAGAUAUAAGGUUGAAUAAAAUACAGACCCUAUCACCAAGGAUAAUUCUAGUGACAAUUAUAUUUCACAUUAUUUCUAUCAGGUCUUGAUAAUAUUUUAAUCACAGGAACCACCAUAGCAGUCCAGACUCUUUAUUAUUUAUCAUCUCUCAGUAACUGCUCUGAUAGUGGCAACAAAGGGUAUUGAAUACUUAUAUUUCAAUUUUUAAAAUUUAUGAUAAUUUGGAGGGAGGUGAAAAAAACCUUACUAGGAAAGACAUACAUUCAUUAUUCUACAUGUGUGUGAGCUCAUGUCUCUUACUCUUAGCAUCCUGGGAAUUAAGUAGAGCCUUCUGUGUAGGUGUUCUUUAAAGAAAACUAAUGCGUUUUACCUUUGCACAUUUCCACUGACAUGACUCCUAUUUGUACAGUGUUCCAAGCACUGUCAAGACUGCCAGAGAGGUCAGGAGAUUGAGACCACGGUGAAACCCCGUCUCUACUAAAAAUACAAAAAAAUUAGCCGGGCGUGGUGGUGGGCGCCUGUAGUCCCAGCUACUCGGAGAGGCUGAGGCAGGAGAAUGGCGUGAACCCGGGAGGCGGAGCUUGCAGUGAGCCAAGAUUGCGCCACUGCAUUCUAGCCUGGGCGACAGAGCGAGACUCCGUCUCAAAAAAAAAAGAAAGACUGCCAGAGCUCUGGCACAGGUCCAUGGGUACUCCCACAGAGGCAUUGCCUCAGAAAGACAAGAGAAAGGAACAAAUUGCAGUUGCUUUGAAAUCUUACAGUGGCCUGUAGGGGUUGGGAUAGGGCAGUAAGGAGAUCCAGCUGAGGUAUUCAGGUACAGGUAAGCUUGGAUAAGUGUGUUUAAAGCCUUGAAAACCAGAAGAAGAGUUUAGUCUUGAUGCAGAUGUGGUCAGUGGUAGAGAACUAUAGGUUCUUGGCAAAAAUGUAGUUUGAAUGUAGCAUUUUAAGAAGAGUAAUUGGAUAAUAGAUUUGAUUGCAAUUAGGACCAGUUAGAAACCAAUUCCAGUAGUAUGCCAUUGCUGGCCAGUGCAAAUAAGUUGGCCUAGACUAGCACAGUAGUGGUUGGAAUUGGAGAAGAACUAUGAAUUAGAAAUUGGGAAGCAUAAGAGCUGAGAAAAGGCCUUCAGAUUUGUUUAGAUCUCUGGUGAUCUUUAAAAAUGUAACUUUCAUAGAAAGGUACAGAAUGGAAGCCCAUCUUUUUAGGAUGAAUGAGGAAAUGUCAAGAAUAUGUAUGCAGCAGUUAUUGACUACUUACUGUUAAGACAUUUGACAACAAAGUUGAAGAGAAAAACAAGAUGCUAACUAGAUGGGUGGUAGAUCCUAGAAGGCAUUGCUUUAAUAUAAGGGAGAAGAAGAACCCUAAAUAUUUAAAGGCAGACCUGACAGAACCAAUUGAGAGGAAGAGACUGGCAGUGCUGAAGAGAAGAUAGGCUCAUUCAGUAGGAUAGUAGAUGUCUUUGGGUGGUGGGAAGAGAUAAGCUCCUGAGACAAGCAUGUGGGUUAGCUUAAGAGAGGUGGAUGGCCGGGCGUGGUGGCUCACGCCUGUAAUCCCAACACUUUGGGAGGCCAAGGCAGGCGGAUCACGAGGUCAGGAGAUUGAGACCAUCCUGGCUAACAUGGUGAAACCCCGUCUUUACUAAAAAUACAAAAAAAAAUUAGCUGGGCGUGGUGGCGGGCACCUGUAAUCCCAGCUACUGGGGAGGCUGAGGCAGGAGAACAGCGUGAACCUGGGAGGUGGAGCUUGCAGUGAGCCGAGAUGGUGCCACUGCACUCCAGCCUGGGUGACAGAGUGAGACUCCGUCUCAAAAAAAAAAAGAGAGGUGGGCGGUAUCUUCCUCUGUGAUCUGUAAGAGCAAGAAGAACCUGGGGAAAGAGAAAGAUGAGAAUUGGUGAAAAGGCUCAUAUUAGUAAUUAUUAAAAUGCAUUAUUCUUUGCAAAUGGGGAUGAAAGAGUGGAAUUGGGAGCCCGUUAAAGGAGAUUUAAAAAAAAAAAAAAAAAAGUCUUUUG